GCUGCUGGCUUGCCCCAGGUAUCGCAUAACCACGUGUUGACUCUAAAUGUUGUUAUAGACGAUAGUGGGGACAACAACAUGGACGAUGAUGCAUCAUCAUGGAGAUACAAGACAAGGUUGUUAUUGUUAGACUUUCUACCCGUGGCAGCCACUUACUUGUAUUUUGCACCUGAAUCCUCUAUCUGCACGAGGUGCAACCUAUGUAUCCCCAAAGUACGGAAAGUACAUACCUAGCAGGAGGUCGUUGGAUAGAUACUGGGUACGUAUCUUUACUCCUGACUGGAGGCAGCAACGAAAUGUUGUUUCCUUAUUUACUUUUGACCCUACCCACACAUGUUCCUUCCGUCUCAAAAUUUCCAGCUUUUCUCUAAGAAGGUACCUAUCUAUGUCAUAGGUAUAGGUACCCUACCUAGGUACGCCUUCUCUCAUCCUAUACCUAUAUUUUCAUCCACGUUCACCUCCGCUCCCCUCGUGCCCGAGCCGGUUUGAUUAUCCCCAUAACUUUCUCUCAUCCCUACUCAAAAGGCAACCUGUAUUUAACUUUUAUUCAACUCAGAGAUGACUCUAAAAGUGACAAGCGUUGAGCGAUCUUGGCCAGUUCUUCGGGUCGGCACUAGUAAUCACCCGGGGCGUCCCAACAUCGAACAACCAGAGCACUACGAUUCUCAUGGCAAUAUUCAGUCCGCUGGGUUUGGAUCUACUUCGUCAAUGAAGAUGGGCGAAUCCCGACCAUUUCCGCCGCGAACAUCACCGCGCCGCCGUAUUGUGGGUUCGGCUGCUUGGAUGCCUCUUCCAGUCGAAUCACCGGGUCAGUAUGCUAACCGUGCUGGCAACCUGGGUACAUUCUUUCCGCUCAAUGUAGAGAGCCGGACUUCAAAAUCCAGCAAGAUGGUAGCACCGCAACAGGCAACUACGAACACAGAUUGCUUAACAGCACAAACCAAGGAUAUUGUCCCCGGACUGGGUAUGGUGGAGCAAGAUGCUGCUAUCUCCAAUUCUAAGAUGAAAAAUAAACCGAAAACCGGGCUACAACCACUACCAGAAUCCCGUUAUCAGGCUGCCAAAAUCGUCGGGCAAAAAAGGAAGGCUAUCAAGAUUAAUGUAGCCAGAAGAGAUGCAGCAGAGCCAGCAUUGGAGACCUUCCCACGUGGAAACCGCAAAGAGUCUAGAGUUGCUCCCCUGCCAGAUGGAUUUCGAGGUCUUUCCAACAACACGGCACACGAGAAAAUUGAAAAUGGCGAGAGUAUAAAGAGCCACACGGAAGAGCAGCAACCAAAGCCCAAAGAUAAGGAGCUAGGAAACCAUAUUGGGUUAUCCAAAAUGCAUGCGUCAAGUGCGCAAUCCGGCUCAAGCAUCCCACCGACCCCAUUUGCCUCGCCAACGAAAGAGCAACUCGAGUCGCAGUACUUGGAACUUCGCGUUGAGGACUUAGGGCUUAAAAUGCAGCUGCUUGAAAAGACCGUGAUGGAACUCGCGAGCAAUGAUGCCGUAUUGAAGGCUCGUGUGACUGAGCUCGAGAAGAAUCUUCAAACUCUGGAUUGGAUGAUAAAGAGGAAACAGAGAAAGCACAAGAUGGCCCAGGACACCGCUGAGCAACAUCAAGCAAAGUUAGAUGGUGUGCAUUAUCGACCUCUGCGAGAAAACACGAGAAAACAGGCCAAGAAGGCUAAAGAAGGGAGAAGCAGCAAGGAGUAUCAGAAAGAACUCAUUACGGGUACAAAAAUUGCCUUCAGAAUGUUUUUCUAUGUGGUGGUAUUCAUGGCUAUGGGCAUCAUCAUGUUUCCGAUCGUCAUGCUACUCAUGCUCUUUACGAAAUGACUAUAGGUCUAUAUAUAGCAAACCAAAGAUAGCUCCAUGCCAGAAAUGAAUAUCUAUAUAAGCAAUUGAUUAGGCAAGUUUAUCUGACUUCAAAAUCGUGAUG